UAUUGGGCUACUUCGUUUUUACGGAUUACUCACAAACAAAUCACAAAGGCCACUAUUUUGUCUUCUCUCACGCUCCUCACCUCCGACUACAACAGCCGUUUCCUCACCUCUGAGCUACGUCGUCUUGAAUAACUCUCCUCGAAACCACAAACCUAUGAACUGUAUUAAUAUUGGUUAUUGGUUGUAUGAUAAAGAGAUAUGGUGAUUCCUCCACCAGUGAAGGCUCAAAGAAUCACAAAUUAUCUAAAACCGUAUCUAUUAAAGAUGCACUUUUCAAACAAGUAUGUAAGUGCACAGGUGAUUCAUACACCAACUGCCACUGUGGCAUCAGCUGCCAGCUCACAGGAGAAGGCGCUCCGGGAAGCUUGGAACAAAUGCCAGCAAAGCACCAGAGACGUGGCGGCUGCCGCCAAGAUAGGGAAGCUUUUAGGUGAGAGGUUGCUGCUUAAUGAUAUUCCGGCGGUUUCAGUGGUGUACAAAAAGGAGCAAAGGUAUCAUGGGAAGGUUAGAGCUGUCAUUGAUUCUUUAAGGGAAGCAGGUGUCAAAUUGCUAUAAAUUUUUGUUUUUUUUUUGUAAUAAAAUGGGGAAAAAGAACGAUUUUUUAAUCGUGUAUAAUGAUUUUUGUUUGUUUGUUUUUUUAAAAAAAAUUAGAGAAUUAAGGGUUGGUUUGUUGGUGGAGUGUUUUUUUAAUGGAUGGAAUCAGUCGGAGGAAUUGGAAUUGGAA